AUGGCUGGCUUUAGCUGGUACCUCUCUGAAGGCUUCCAAGUGAUCAUUGAGAAGUCAAAAGAAGCCAAAUGUUCUUUGCAAGAUGUUCAGUUGAGAUUUCUUUGCCCUGAUGAUUUAGAAGAGGUGAGAUCCCUAUGCAGAGAUUGGUUUCCAAUAGAGUAUCCCCAGUCAUGGUAUGAGGACAUAACAUCAUCUGAGCGUUUUUUUGCACUAGCUGCAAUUUAUAAAACACAAAUCAUUGGACUCAUAGUUGCCGAGAUUAAACCAUAUCUAAAGCUAAAUGCAGAAGAUAGAGGCAUACUUUCACGAUGGUUUGCAUCAAAAGAUACAUUGGUUGCUUAUAUACUGUCCCUAGGAGUAGUGCGUUCAUACAGGCGUUCAGGUGUAGCAACAAUGCUCCUGGAUGUUUUGAUGAAUCACCUUGCCGGGCCAGUGGCUCAACUGCCGCAUGAACACCGUGUGAAGGCAAUAUUCCUUCAUGUACUAACAACAAAUAAUGAGGCUAUACAUUUUUAUGAAAAAAGAAGAUUCCGUUUGCACUCGUUCCUGCCUUACUACUAUUCAAUUAAAGGUCAUUGUAGGGACGGAUUCACUUACGUUUACUACGUGAACGGAGGCCACGCGCCUUGGGGGAUAUACGACUACGUUAAAUACGUGGCUCGGGCGGCGUGGAGUGGUGGUGGGUUAUACCCAUGGCUAUGGCGAAAACUCCGCACUGCCCUAACAAUAGCGUGGCACAGA